CACAGUUUGAAGAAAGAACAGACAACGAACGAUUUUCGUGUCAGAAUCUUUAAAACAGAGCAAGGCAUUGCGUUUAUUCGAACAAAUAUGAACUGUUCUUCAAGGAAGAACCUGCAUGUCCGGAAAAGCGAAGAGAGAUGCAAGAUGUUUUCUACAAGACUGAAGACCACUUACACCAUGGAUUUGUAUCUGCGCAGAGAAGUUCUUGGUCUGACAAUCUUAAACCUUUUUUCACUCAAAAGCUGAAGUUUAGAUCUGUUUUAGAGGGGGAACCUGCAGUUUUCCAGUGUAAAGUUGUUGCCUAUCCAACCCCAGCAAUGACAUGGUUUCAUAAUAAUAGGCCUAUCCCAAAAGAUCAGCGCAAAAUAAUAAAGACAGAGAAUAAUAUGCAGAUUCACAGCUCCAGCCUAGAGGUUAAAAAUGUUCAGGAAAGGGAUUCUGGGAGUUAUAAAGUGUUUGCCAUUAAUAGUGAGGGUUCAGCCGAGUCAACUGCAUCUCUGCUAGUUGCACAGAGCGAGGAGCAAAAUGCAAAAUAUUUAGAUUUCCUGAGAAAGUCCAGACAAGCCCAUGAAAGUACUGAAUGUCUGGCUCAGAAGAGGAAAGAGGAUAGGCUGAAGGUUUAUCUGCGGUGUACUGGCUCUCCUUUUGAUAAAAGGCAGGAGACAGAAAAAAUGUUAAGAGACUUGUCCCCAGAAAAGGAGAGGGUGAGAACUAUAAGGUUUCCAAAACUCCUCGUAGCAAGGAAACAGGAGUUAGUGUACGAUAAAGAACAGGUAGGGAGGAAACGUAUUGCAAGGGAUACAGAUCAUGGAAAUUAUGCUCUGCUUGAUGAGGAAACAAAAAUGAAGCUGCAACGACUACGUGAGGCCAAAAGAAUCAUGCUGGAAAAGAAGAAACUGGGCUUGUCACAGCAAGAGACUGAGUCACAUCUUGAAUCAGUGCAAAGCACAGACUUUAGAGAUGGUAAAGAGUUAGGGACUCCUCUGGUCCAUUGGGGCACUAAGAGUGAAGCAAUACACUCUGACUUCCAAACAGUAAAACCAAUCCAUAAAUGCACCUCUUCAUCCAAAAUGCCAAAUGGUGAGGGGGGUGCUGCAUGCCAUGCUAAGCCAGAGAGUGUUAGGACACCAGAGGACUUUCACCUGCGAAUGGAACGAAUCCUAGGACUUUCCAAACCCUCGCAGAGUCCUCAGAACUCUUCUGAAGGAAACAUCAAGGCAGAAACAUUUCAAACAACAUCAGCAAUUGCACUGAAAGAACCAAUGAGAGAGCAGGUUCUCGGAGACCCUCCAUUAGAGCAACCAGAGCCAAUUGUCAAAGCUACCUCCAUCGACCAUAGUCAUACUCACAAGGAAUCAAGGAUAGAUACCAAACCAAAAGCACAGCUGGGGAAAUUCCAAACAAUGACAGCCAAGAAAAAAAGCCCUGAUUCUAUAAUCUAUGUCCUUCUCUGCAAUGGAUUUAGUGAAACUACAAAAUCAGAGAAUGUGAUGUCUGAGACAAUCACAAUAAACAUCAAUGAGCCUGUUGAUACUUUUGAAAGUGUCAAAACAGAAAAGGCUGAAGAAAAUGCAGUGUUAGUGCUGGAAGACUCUGCAGAAAUCAGAGAGUCUGUAUCGGCAGAAAUCUGUGAAAUAAAGGAAAAGCCUGCCAGGUCAGAGAGUCCUAUUUUACAGCUUCUGAAGCCUGCCCCCCCUUUGUUUCUUCAGGAAAUCGAAUCUCAGGAAGCAAAGGAAGGAGCGAGUUGCAUAUUUGGUUGUAAUUUCCGUGGCCAUCCACAACCUAUUGUCACUUGGUAUAAUAACGACAAACCCAUACCACGUAAUCAGCACUAUGCCAUUCACACGACAGAGAAUCAGUCUACCUUGACUUUCUGCUCAGUUCUCCCACAGCAUGGAGGAUCCAUCACAUGUGUAAUAUUUAAUGAGUAUGGAACUGCCACAACAUCAGGCAUGCUCAAAGUGAAGAUUAAAGAGAAGACUGAGGCUGAAUCAUUCACCACUUAUAAAGCUAAGCUAUUAAAGGAUUAUGCAGAAGAGGAAGAAGAACUUAGUCUUCUGUUUGACAAAAUGAAAGAGAAUCAACCAACUUUCAGUCAUGACAGUAGAGCCACCCUUCAUGUUCCUCAAGGUAACCUGUCCAUGCCUUGUGUUUCAGACUUAGACCUGCUUUCACUUCCUGUGGAAAUAAAAAUAACUGCUCCUACUCCUACUCCAGAACAAGAUGAAGAACUGAAGGACAUAGUUCAACAUGUUAAAUGUAUUGCUGAGCAGCCACCUCAGGACCAAGUUUCUCAGGCAAUAAAACAUAAAUUUAAAUUUUCCUUUGAUGUGGUAAAUAAACCACCAAAAAUUGUGAAAGAGACACAAAAGUAUAUUAAUUGUAGAGAAGGGGAUUCUAUUGUAUUAGAGUGCUCAAUAUCUGGUGAACCUCAGCCAGUUAUAACUUGGUUUCGAAAUGGCAAAAUCCUAACUCCAACUGAGAAGUUUCAGUUUGAGGAGGAAGAAGAUGGUAAUUACAGGUUAUGUAUUGAUGAAGUUUCUGUGUCAGAUGCUGGUACAUACAAAUGUAUUGCUGAGAACACUGCAGGUGCAGUAGAAACUGUUUCCAAUCUUACAGUAGACUCUAGAAUGCAAAGCUUUUAUAGUCAUGCACAACAGAUUAGUGAUGCUGAAGAAGAAACUGUUCAAGAUCAGAAUGUAAAAAUUCAGGAAGGGGCUACAAAGGAAAUUUCACUUAAUCUUUAUGAAUCCUCAGUUGGAUAUAUUGCUGGUAAGUUUGAUGAUAGAGAGUAUUCUGUAAGUGAAUAUUUUCAUAAUCUUAAUAUACUGAGGCAAGUAGAGCUCACAGAAAAGGAACAAAAUGCAUCCCCCAAAGAAACAGAAUCUAAACUCCCAAGAUUUAUGUGUGACAUUAGAAAGUCCAUACUUACUGAGGAUCUGCCAGUAACUGAAAGCCCAUACUUCCAACGACAGAAUGAAAAAGAUGAGAAUAUAAAUGUGAGUGAACAGGAGGAGUCAAAGAUGGAAGAAGCCAAAGUAUUCACUUUUAUUGACAAGUUAAGCCAGGUUUCACUCCCUGAAGAAUUGUCAAUGUCUGAAAACCAAGAUUUCCAAUACCCGGUUAAAAAAGAAGAGACAAUAAAUGUUAGUGAACAAGUGGAGUCAAUGAUAGAAGAAGCCAAAAUAGUCACUUUUGCUGGCAAUUUAAGCCAGGCUCCACUUCCUGUACAACCAUCAAUAUCUGAAAACCCUGAUUUCCAAUUUCUGAUUGAAAAAGAAGAGAAAAUAAAUGUGUGUGAACAAGUGGAGUCAAAGAUAGGAGAUGUUAACGCACCUGCUUUUGUUGGUGAUUUAAGCCAGGUUUCACUCCAUGAUGAAAUGUUAGUAUCAGAACGUCCAGAUUUUCAGCACCAGAUUGAAAAAGAAGAGAUUAUAAAUGUGAAUGAACAAGUAGAGCCAAAGAUAGAACCCGAAGCAUUUGCUUAUAUUGGUGAUUUAAGCCAGGUUCCACACAGUGAGGAUGAGCCAAUGAUUGAAAGCCCAGAUUUCCAGCUCCCAAUUGAAAUAGAAGAGAAAAUAAAAAUGAUUGAACAAGUAGAGUCAAAGAUAAAAGAAGCUAAAGUACUUGCUUCUGUUGGAGAUAUCAACCAGGUUCCACUCCCUGAAAAGCUAAGAGAUCAGUCUGUUACAACAGAGGAAAUAAAAAAAGAAAUUACUAACACACAGUUUUCAUCAAGGAACCAACUUGAAAAGAUAAUUGAAAGUCAUACAGAGAAAGCUACAUGUAUUAAUAUAGAAACUCCUGCAAGUCAGGAUACUGAUGAUGAAGUAAAGAGUACAAAAGAUAAAGAUGCUGGUUUCGUGGAGAAACAAUACUUAAAAAAUACAGUUACUGAAGAAUAUGUUAGCAAUAUUGUUACUGAUCUGCCCCAGCUUGACAGUGGAAGCACUCCAGGCAAAUCCUUUAGUAAUGGCAAUGAAAUGCAAAUCCAGGGUGCAGGGUAUUUUUCAGAGAAAUCAGAGCCCAACCUACGCAGUCCUGCUCAUGAGCUAACUCUCAGUGCACCUCCUGUGGUAUGUUCUCUCAGUGACAAUUUAGAUGCACCAUUUUCGAAUGUAAAUGAUCAAAUGCAUGUCUUUGAGCAGAAGCUGAGUGCAAAGAAGAAGGAAUCUGAGGAUCAUAGUUUUUUCAGUCCUAUAUCCAAGAUAGUACAAGAAGAUAAAGAUCUGCAUGAAAAACAUGUAUGUGACACUAACUUAAAUAGGACAUUUCAAGAUUCAGCUACAAUAGAAGAGAAUGAUGUGCCCUAUUCUCCUGGGAUAUGUGAUGAAUUCAAAGGUACAUCUGAAUUAGAACAAGUUAGUUUUUAUGAUCCUAAUGAAAUAAAUCAUCCACAAGAACACAUAGGGCAACAAAAAAGAACCAUAGAAGGAAAAGAACAAGAUUACAGAAGCUUUGUGCAUGACGUAGAAGAAAAUGUCUUUCUUCAUGAUAAAAAAAUAUCUGACUUUAGAGAGAUAGAACAGAAGGAAACUUAUUUUGAUGAACAAACAUUAGAAAAAAAAGACCCCGAAAAACAUGACAGUUUAUUUGAUUUAAAACAGACUCCUUCUGUAGAUCAAAUUUUACAGGAAGAAGUUAAGAGGCAACAGGAAGAAACACAUUUAAAAGAUCAAUACCGGGCCUGUGAACAUGAUGCAGCCGAUAUUGUAUUUGAUUUGAAACAAGUUUAUUCUGCUACAGAAAAUAUUGGUCAAGAACAAGAGAAGCUGCAGCAGGAUGAAAUAUAUUUCAAAGGUCAACAUUCUGUUUCUGAACAAAUGGAACUUGAUGCACACCACAUGGAAGAAAAUGUACAGAAAACCAUAUCACCUGAAGGUCAAAAAAUUGAUUCUUAUCAAGAGUUUUCCAAAGAGAGUGAAGCUAUUGGGGAAAAUGAUAAUUCUCAAGAAGACAUCUUAUCUCAAGAAAAAGUAGAACCCCCAAUCCAGGAAUCAACAUUUAAUUUAAAACAGCAUGUAGUGACUUUUUCAGCAGAGUUCACAUCCGAAGCAACCGGUAGCACAUCACCAGAAGAAAUAUGUUCCUUAAACAGAGUGUCAUCUCCUGAGAUCACGGAAACAGAAAUGGAAAGAAAUUAUUUACAAAGAAAUGACGAACUUGUAGAAGAAAUUUCUUUAAGUGAAGAACUUCAUGUUAAUUACAAGAUGCAGCUGGAGGGAGUUUAUGUUCAAGAGCGGACUGUGUCAACAGAAACUGGAGUGACUGAAAUGCAAAUAUUUAAAAGAGACCUAGUUGGCAUUCCUCUUUCUACAGAACAAAGAUCACCUGCAAAAGGAAUUGAUGAAUCUGAGAAAAAUGUAUGUGUGGAAGUAUUAUCAAAGGAACAAAUUAAAGACUUGACAUUGGAGCAAACUGAGUCUAUGCCUACAGAAGAAUCCAAAGUGUCUAUAAGUCAAUAUUUUCAAAACUUAGUGCAAGAAACAGACAUUUCCGAAGGGGUGGAACCACUAAAGACCACAGACCCCAAAGCAGACAGUUUCAUAGCAGACUUGAAAAAAGCUGCAGAGGAGAAAAAACACACUGCAUGUAAACUGGAGCAGGAACAAACGCACAUUCUUCAGGUACGGCAUGAUGCAAUGAAAGAAAUAAGCAGCUCUACUUGUAAUGAAAGUAAAAGUGAAAUUGUAUCUUACACUAAAGAAAUUCCUGAAGACUAUCCUGCUAUUCAUCAGGAAUCGGACACACAGGACACAGAGAUUUCUUUUGCACAGUUCCUUCGUUCCUUAAGAAAGGAAGAAUCCAUGGUCCAGGAAAGACAAUCAAGCAAAGAGUUAAUUGCCUUGGAGAAACAGGAGCAUAAUUUAGCAGAUCAGCUUGAAAAUAAAAUUUCAUUUCAGACUAAAGAAAUUGUAAAUGCUGCUGAAGGAAAUCUGGAUGAAAGGGGCCUAUCACAAAAUGUUUUGCAAUAUCAAGAACUGAACACUGCUCAAGUUUCAGAACCUAAAUCAUGUGUGUCUCUCUCCAAAUAUUUACUUUCAGCCAGACAGCAAGAGAUUCCUGAUACCAAAGAUUCUAUUUUUAAGGUCUGUGACCAGAAGGAAUCUAUCACUUCUUUGGAAGUUGAAGAUGUCACUUUCAGCACCGUUUAUGACUAUUAUAAUCAGCAGCAGGAGCUGAUCCGUCCACUCUCUCCUGAAUCAGAAAUGUCAAUAGAAAUUGCUAGCAUAAACGGAGAUGAACUGACGGAGUCUGAUCCAUUCUAUACACCACCAUCAUCAGUUGAGAAUUUUGAAUCUCCCAUGUCUUUUGACUCUUACCACACUCCAGUUAGCACUCCUGAACGGUUCUCAACACCUUCAGAAGAACCAUCCAUCAAACUAAAGUCCCCUGAAGAUUUGAUAAGGGAUGGUACACCACAAGAGGACUACAAAACUCCCACCGGUGAAUAUUCUGAACCCAGAACAUUAAGUUCUCCUUUCCAAGAAAGGAGGUCACCUUAUGACGAGCAACGUGCAGAGAUGUUUGGCACACCAUGUGAAGCAGUGGAACCAAAAGGAAAUGAGAUGCCUCCAGCAUUUAUCAAACCCUUGACCAAGAGGAAGAUCUAUGAAAACAGUUCACUGGGUUUUAUAGCUGAAGUUACAGGCUUUCCCAUUCCUGAUGUGAAAUGGUAUCGGAAUAAAUCAUUGCUUGAACCAGAUCAAAGAGUCAAAAUAGAAAAAGAGGGUGAUAUAUGUAUUUUGGAAAUCCAUAAUGUUCAGAAAUCGGAAGAAGGAGACUAUAUAUGCCAUGCAGUAAACAUCAUAGGGGAAGCUAAAAGUAUCGCCCACCUAGAAGUUUUGCCUCAAAAUGGAAGGUCCUUGGCAUUACCUCCUCCAGUAACACACCAGCAUGUUAUAGAGUUUGACAUGGAACAAGCUACAACUUCAAGGUCACCUUCUCCUCAAGAAAUACUUCUGGAAGUAGAGCUGGAUGAAAAUGAGGUAAAGGAAUUAGAGAAGCAGGUUAAAAUAGUCACAACUCCUGAAUUUAGUCCCAAUAACAAAAGUAUGGUGGUUUAUCUUGAUGUCCUCCCUUUAGCUCUGGUGGAGCAAACCACUGGCUUCACUGCACAAGGAAAUGAAGAUGUGAAAAUUGAUUUUGAAGUCACUGAAAUGCCCCCACGCUUCACCACUCCCCCUUUUGAUUUGGAAAUUCUAGAAAAUUCAGAGGCAGUGUUUGAAUGUACUGUAACAGGUUCACCUACUCCCCAAGUACAGUGGUUUAAAGAAAAUACCUGCAUUACCGCAGAUGGCAGGAGGUACAUUGUGAAUGAUGAGAAAGGAAACCAUAGUCUUAAAAUUAAAAAUGUAGGUCAUUCUGAUAGUGGCACAUAUCAGUGCAAAGCAGCAAAUAGUGUAGGAGAAGCUAUGUGCAAAUGCUCUCUAGUUGUACUAGAUUCACAGAAAGCUCUUGCUAGCGCAAGUGGGGAUGGAAUGACAGAUAUAGCUCCAGGCAGCACUAUGAGUAAGCCUCAGAAGUUUGAUUUGCUUGUAGACAAUACUCUUCCAAAUGGCAGCCAAACUGAAAUAGAGAUUGAGUUUGAAUUUGAGCGCAACAUUGACGAUUCUCAGAAAGCUGUCAAGUUGGUAGCUGCCACAGAACAAGAGUAUGAAGAGGAAGGAGAUAAAUAUGUCAAUAUUAAUUUUGAUGUAUUUGCUGAGCCAUCCAAAGAGGAGGAGAUAGAAUUUAAAGCAGAGAGUUCAGAUAGUUGCUCCUUUGAAUUUCAAGUCACAGAAAUCCCUCCUAAGUUUAUCAAACAUAUUUUUGACUGCACUUCAUCAGUAGGUGCCUCUGCGUGUUUCCAGUGCCUUGUAGUCGGCUUUCCAAACCCAAAUAUCAGUUGGUACAAAGAUGGGAUACUGCUUGAAGGAGAUAGGUACUGUAUGGAGGAAAGGCAGAUGGGCUUUCAUAACCUGAUUAUUGGAAAUUUAAUCCAAAACGAUGAAGGGGAAUACAAAUGUGUAGCUGCAAACAGAGCAGGAACGGCUGACACAAGUGCUGUGUUAAACAUAUGCUGAAUUUUCAAAUAUGAUUUCCAAUACAUGUUUGGAUUAAACUCACAAUAGUUUUGCA